AUGAGCUCACUGCGAUGGAUAGUGACCGUCUGCUUUAUACUGUCCUCAGACACUUGCAGGACAUUUGGUAGUGGUGUUGUCGAGCCAUUUAAAGAUUCAGCUUUUUAUGUGCGGUCCAAUUGCCCGUUUACUCUCACCCACUUCAUCCACAACCGAGUUGAAUGUGACAUCACCAUACGUCGAGGGAACAGCGGGCUGCUGGUCCAAGUGGAGAUCAUCAUAAACAAAGUCAGGACUGUUCUGCAGAAUGGACGUAUACUGGUAGAGGACAAAAGUGUUUCCUUUCCAUAUGAUCACACCUACCAGCAUAUUUUUCAGUACGGCAUCUACACUAAACUGAGGAGCACGUUGCUGCCUCUCUCAGUCACCUGGCACAGUGUAGCUGGAGGAAUAGACACUCUCAAGGUUGAGCUGGAGCAGGAGCUGAGCACUGACAUGACUGGACUGUGUGGAAAAUGCAACGUAACAGGCAAUGAGCAGCAGCUGAUCAGAGAGAGCGCGCUUACAGAUGACACGUGCCAAACAAGGGAUCCUGUCUCUGUUCCUAAUCCAGUAUGUGAACAAUUCUUCUCCUACACUUUGGGCUGUCUGCAAUCAAGUCGGCUUCAUUACUUCCAGCUGUGUCACAAAAACAUUUACGGAUAUGAAAACAGUGAACACAUCGGCUGUGCUUUCUUUAAAGAGAUUGUUCUGCACUGUGGAAAAAGCAGUAAUGUGUGGGAGAAAUGGAGAUCUGUGACCCAGUGUGCUCGACCAACUUGUCCGGGAGCACUGCUUUAUGAAGAAGAGGGUGCUGCAUUUGUUCCUACCUGCUCCAACCCAAACCCCCAUUUUUCCAGCCAGGAUAUCACCAGUUCCUGCGUCUGCCCAGAGGGCAAAGUGCUUAAUGAUCACUUGGAUGGCUUCCACUGUGUGAAUGUGUCAAACUGCACCUGUGUGUUCGCUGGCAGGACCUAUUUAACUGGACAGAAACGUAGCACCAAGUGUCAGUCAUGUUUGUGUGAAGGUGGGAAGUGGCGUUGCUCUGAAAACUGCCCAAUUAAAUGUCAGAUUGAAGGUCAGUUUGUGUCAACAUUUGAUGGCAAACAGUACACUGUCCCUGGUAAAUGUACAUACCUAGCAUUACAGGGCUUCAACUGGACAGUAAUAAUUACAUUUUCUAAAAAGGAUCCAUCAAUACAAGCUGUUUUCCUCCAGCAUUUGCAGGAAACAUAUACAUUCACAAACAACAAGGCUAAAGUUGGAGACCAAGAGAUUAGUGAAUUGUAUCAGGCUGAUGGGGCCCAGGUUUUCUGGCAGUCCUCUAUGUACAUUCAAGUCUUGACAUCCUCUGAUAUUAAGCUCCAACUCCAGAUGUCACCUGAAAUCCAACUUUACAUCUCUGCUCCUAGGAAACACAAGGGCAUCAUUUCAGGUCUUUGUGGCAACGGCAACAGUGACAGCACAGACGACUUCACCAGCAGCAGCGGCAUCAUCGAGCUCACAGCUGAACCUUUUGCUCUGUCCUGGAGUCUGGGCGCUUGCACUGUGAACAUACCCAGUACAUGCAUCAACACUCACAAUGAAAUAUUUGCUGAUGAAAAGUGCUCUGUGCUGAUCAACGCGACUGCCAUAUUUGCUAAGUGCCAUGUCCAUUUGCCACCGGAUCAAUACUACGCAGCCUGUAUUCAAAGAACCUGUAAUUGUGGCAACGAUGUGCAGAGGUGCUUGUGCAUUGCAUUAGACAGCUACGCCAAAGCUUGUGCGAGUCUUGGGGUUUUGAUCGGUGACUGGAGGAAAGCUGCCAACUGCACUCCGACAUGUCCAAAGAACCAAGAGUUCUUCUACAACAUCCGAGCUUGUAACAGUACAUGCCGCUCCAUUACUGAGUCUGACCCUCGAUGUGGAGUGGAUGAUGCUUCUGUGGAGGGCUGUGGCUGCCCAGAAGGAACAUACCAAAACCAAGGAAACACCUGCACUCCAAAGGCAGACUGUGAAUGCCACCAUCGUGGUGGUGUAAGUCCACCAGGGCCGGUUGUUAUCGAUGGACAUCAUUGCCUGUGUGAAAAUGGAGAACUGACCUGUUCCACGGAUUGUGGAUGCAGGAAUGGGAAGGUUUGCGUGCACUGCUCAGAGCACCCGAUUCAGACGGCUCAGAAAACAUGUGCGAGUCUCAGCAAACCACUGUUUGCCAUCAUAGCUUGUGAGAGUGGCUGUUACUGCCCACAUGAUCAAUAUGAAGAUCACCAUGGAAACUGUGUAUCACGGGACGACUGCACCUGUGUGUACAGUGGGAAAGUCUUCAGGGCAGGAGAGACUGUUAAAACCAACUGUAAAAAAUGUGUCUGUGGUCAGGGUCAGUGGGACUGCAAAGACGAGCCGUGUCCUGGGACAUGUCAAGUCUAUGGAAAUGGACAUUAUCAGACUUUUGACGCUAAAUGGUAUCGAUUUAGUGGACACUGUCAGUAUACACUUGUAGAGGAUUACUGUGGAAAUACAAAGGGCACGUUUUCUGUCAGAGUGGAGCGCGUACCCUGCUGUGAAAAGGUGCUCACCUGCUCUCGCUCCAUUGUCCUGGUCCUGCAGGGCAAAGUCACCGUGACUUUGAGUGACAUGAAGGUGACCAAAAACCUACAACAAGACUCUACAAUGCAGGAAAAUUCACUUUACAGUAUCGACACUGUGGGACUCUACGUCAUAGUGUCAGUGCCGAGCAGCGGGAUCACUCUCAUCUGGGACAAACACACACGGCUCACCAUAAAGCUGCAUGAAAACUGGAGGAGCAAAGUUUGCGGCCUGUGUGGGAAUUUUGACUCCAAUGAGAUGAACGACCUGCAGAUAAGUGGCUCAGCAGUGGGAUCCAGUCCGAUGGCCUUUGGAAACAGCUGGAAGGCAGCCACUCCUCCUUGUUCUGAUGUAACUGCUGAUAUAUUUCCAUGUGAUCGCAACUCCUACUGCUCAGCCUGGGCCCAGCGGCGCUGUAUGAUUAUUAAAGGAGACACUUUCAAAGACUGCCACAUAAAAGUGAACCCAGAUCCUUACUAUCAGGCUUGCUUGCUUGAGUCCUGCUCCUGUGAGUUUGAAGGGAAGUUCCUGGGCUACUGCACAGCUGUGGCAGCUUAUGCAGAGGCCUGCAGUGGCCAGGAUGUCUGUGUAAAGUGGAGAACACCUGACCUGUGUCCAAUUUACUGCGACUACUAUAACAAGCCGGGACAGAAUGUGUGGCAUUAUGAAGUCUGUGGUAAAAUGAGAAGUUGCGGCAAAAGAAAUGACAUCGCUUACAAGCUUGAAGGCUGUUAUCCUAGAUGUCCAAAUGAAGCGCCAUACUAUGAUCAUAAUACUGGUGAAUGCACUACAGUGAGCAACUGCUCUUGUUAUUUCAAUGCCACCGUUGUUCACCCAGGACAGUUGGUCAUGCUGAACUCUUCUGCAUGCCGCUGCGAAAAUGGAGCGAUUAAUUGUCACAGACCACCUCCCUCUACAAAUACACCUGCCAACACAUCUACAAAUGUGAAAACAACGGCUUUAAUCACCAGUGAAACAUCCGUGCAUUUAAAGACAACCACACCAGUGAUACCCACUAACAAUUUUCCAGUUACCACUGAAACAUGGUCCACCAUCACCUUCACACUCACUGCUACAACAGGUGCAGCGACCUCUCUAACUCCUCUAUCUCCAGCAACUGGAACAGAGAAAGUGACAACUAACACUACUUCAGCUACUAAAACCCGCUCAACUUUGCCAACUACCACCCCUACAAGCUUGACGACCACUGAAAACGUAUCAACAAUGUCUUCCACGACCACUGUGCCAAUGAUCACCUCAGCUGCAACUUCAACGUCAGAACUUCCAAAAGAAACCAACACAACAGCCACUACAAGCUCCCGAAUCACAUCAUCUACAACUAGAAUGAGCUCCACGUCUUCAGUGGCAGCAGCUACCACAGACUCCAGGAGUUCAAAAGGACCAACCACUGUUGGCGCAGGAUCAACACAAACAAAAAGCUCCACAUCGCAGGUGUGUGAAUGUGUAGACUUCAAGAAGAAUAAACGCUGGGCUUGCAGUGAGACAUGGACAGAGGACUGCUACCAUAAGACUUGUGUCAGUGGGAAGAUUGUAUUGACCCCAGUAACUUGUCCAGAGCCCAAAAUUCCCACCUGUCCCAGAGACCAGAUCACAAAGGUCUCUGAAGGAUGCUGUGAAACAUGGAAGUGUGACUGCCAAUGUGAGCUGUAUGGGGAUCCCCACUACAUCUCUUUCCAAGGAGUAGACUUUGAUUUCCUGAAUCAAGGCACCUAUAUAUUGAUGGAGGAGCAGUCACCACGCCAUAAUCUGACCAUUGUUGUGGACAACUUCCAUUGCGUGCCGGGUUUCUAUGGCUCCUGUGUUAAAGGCAUCAUCCUGAAAUAUCAGAACAAUGUGGCUACACUGACUAUCGUUCCACAUUUGUUUUCAGUACAAGCCACGCUAAACAACGUGAUCAUACAGCCACCGUAUGAAGAGCAUGGUUUCAGGUUCGAAACCACAUGGUACAAGAUGGUUAUUCACCUCCCAGAGAUCCGCUCUUUUGUCUCCCUCACUCCAUUUUACACCCUGGUGGUCAGUCUGGCCAUGGAACACUUCCUCCAAAACACCCAGGGGCAAUGUGGUGUGUGUGGUGGAGCAUCGUGUAUUCGUAAAGGAGGGCAGAUAGAGGAGGACAGCUGCUGUGAUAAGACGAGCUAUGACUGGGUGUAUCCGGAUCCUCUGAAGCCAGCAGAUGUUUUUGCACCAAGGGAUGUCCCCUGUCAUUCUAAGCAGACUUUCGUACCCACUAACAGACCACCCACCUGCUUUCCGAGCCCACUAUGUGAGCUCCUACAUGAUGCAGUCUUUGAAACUUGCAGCAAGUACGUAAAUCUAACCUUUAAAAAGAAGAACUGUGAGUUUGAUUCAUGCGGAAACCCAAAUGCUUCUUGCUCUGCUCUCGAACAAACUGCUGAGGAGUGUAAACACGCUGGUUUCUGCGUUGACUGGAGAAGACUAACUAAUGGAAGCUGUGCUGUGCCAUGUCCAGGCGGACUGGUUUACAGAGAAUGUCAUAACAAGCAUGAUGACUUCUGCUAUGGAGGAGUGCCUCAUCCAGGGACUUCCCUUGAAAUGAACACUGGGGGUUGUUUCUGUCCCAGAAACCUGUUUAGAGCUGGAACUCAUUCACACAUAUGUGUGGCUGACUGUGCCUACUGCAAAGGACCAAGAGGAGAGCCUAAACUACCCGGUGAGGUGUGGGUGUCCAACUGCAACCUGUGUACAUGUAAUAACCAGACUCGGACUGAGGAGUGUUUUCCAAAACCUCCUAAGCCAGUUCCUCUGUGCGGCCCCGGCGAAGUUUUGGUAACCACCUCGUGCUGUGGUGAUCAGAUGUGUGGUAAGAAUGAGCAUUUCAUCAUUUUUCACCAUCAUGUUUAA